UAUAAACCUCUCUCACACCUCUUUCCUCACUCACAACACACACAAUCUCCCCUGCUUUCACCACCUGAGUUUCUUCUCUCUUUCUCAUCUCACAAAUUGACACAAAAAAAACAUCGAAAACCCAUUGAGCUCUGAUCUUGCUCGCUCUCUGAUUUUUGUUUUUUCUGUAAUUAAUUGAUGAUGGGUAGCUCCAAGGGAAAGAACGUUGGCAUCCGAUUCUAUUUUUGAUUUGAUCGGUGUAGAACAGAACACACCCAGAUUCCAAAAUUCAGUCUUGAAUCUAAGUUUUAAGCUUGGAUCACUCUGAUUCGAAUAUUUCUUCUUUAACUCGCACCCAUCUAGAAGAGCUUUGGUUUUGAUCGAGCGGGCAGAGUGUUGUGUAUUUAUAAGACACUCAUGGCUGGAGCUAACAGUGGGAAAUUCGAUGUGGGAGAUGAAACUCACAAAGCUUCCCAACAGGGUUGUGGUAGUAGUGAAAGCCGAGAUUGGGAGAUUGAGAAGGGAAAGGGCGUGGAUUCGAGCUCUCAGAGGCGUCAAUGGAAGCCAGUUUUUGAUGACGCUUCCAUCUCACACAAUAGACCUCUGAAGAAAAUCCGCAGCCCCGAUCGCCAUAACACAAACCAAUCCUAUUCUUCUUCUCUUCCUUUUCAACCUUCUCCACUCUCAGCUCUUCCUUCAUCCUCUUCAAGAAUAGUUUUCCCCUUCGCCUUCGACCCUUCCCAAAUGCAAUUCCCACACCAAUCACCUCUCCCAAACCAACAACAACAACAACAAAUGAUAUCAUUCGGCUCCCAGCAACAACAUAACCUUCCCUAUCCACCAAUCAUAGCCCGAGAUUCUUCGCUUCUACAUCAACAUCUUCAUCAUCAUCAUCAACAUCAUCAUCAACAGCAGCAUCAUCAACAACAGCUUCUUCAGUAUUGGAGUGAUGCUUUGAAUCUAAGUCCACGAGGAAUGUUGGCAAGGGUGGGGCCAGAUGGAAGGCCAUUGUUUAGGCCUCCAACGCAGCCCAUAAACACGACUAAGCUCUAUAGAGGAGUGAGGCAACGCCAUUGGGGAAAAUGGGUGGCUGAAAUUCGUCUUCCUCGAAACAGAACACGUCUCUGGCUAGGCACAUUCGACACUGCCGAGGACGCCGCCAUGGCCUACGACCGUGAAGCCUUCAAGCUAAGAGGAGAAAAUGCCAGGCUCAAUUUCCCUGAACUCUUCCUCAACAAGGACAAAAAACAAGAACAAGAAGAACAAGAAUCUUCUUCCCUGACCACCGGUAAAGAACAGCAUGAACCUCUGUCUGACCGUGACGUCCAAUUACCCUCGAGUAAUGAGAACGACUCGGGAAUUGGGUCGAGUGACAUCACGGCCAGCGAUGAGGUUCAUGCUGAAGUUACCGGUGGUUCUGAGGGAAUAUCUCAGGAACUGGUUUGGGGAGAAAUGUCUGCAUGGUUCAAUGCUAUUCCGGGUCCUGGUAGUCCCAUGUGGGAUGAUUUGGAUACCACCAAUAAUCUUCUCUAUCACUCACACAUUCCUAUUGCAAAUCCCAAUCAACAACAAUCCAAUGAUGCCUCUAAUGAUGCUCAGAGACAAGAACAUAACAUGGGACCAGGUUACUUAUGGAAGGAUCAGGAUUGAGAUUGUUGUUCCGACCUCAAGUCCACUACAUUGUUAGGCUCUUUGCCUAGAUUCUUACCUAAUGUGUGACUUUUUCAAGGAACACUUACCUUACUUUUUCCUUUUCCAGGUUACAGUUUCAUGAUUAUGGUUAUCAUUAUCAUGAUCCACUCCUUCAUUACAUGUUACGACCCUUUGAUGGUUACUUACUUGAUACACCCAACUUUCUUUACUACUCAUGGUUCUGGUUGCAGAUAUUUUCACCAAACAACCUCUGAACCUUGGCUAUAUUCAUUUCCUUAGAAACUUUGUGCUCUCAUACUCCCUUAAUCCUUCACAGCUAUUACUCUUACACCUUACUUUUCUUCUCUUCCUUCAGUUAACUAUUUUCUUGUUUUCACUUACUGUAGCUUGGCAUGACCAGGGGAGAAGGAAACGGUUUUGUGAUUUCCUUCUCUGUUGUUCCAUCCGUUACACAUGAGCUAUGUUUUUCAGCUCCAAGGAUGGAUUUAUUAUUUAUAUUAUAUGAUAUGAUAUGAUAUUUCAUUUGUAAUUUGCACGUUAUGUAUCUAUUUUUGUUGUUUUAUUAAAUAUCCAGCACUUUGUAGUAUCA